AUGAGGUCUAGAAAUUCAAUCAAUGACAGUGAGCAACGUGAAUUUGGAUUAUCUGUCUUCACAGAAUACUGUCAAAAUCCAGCAAAAGAAAGUGCGAAAUUAUGUUGUGAAACAUGGGAUUCGGAUACUUGCGUUCAACAAAGCCAUUGUGUUGCCAAGUCCCCGAGAAUUGCGUGUGAAGUGAGGGGUGAAGAGUUUCUUAAAUAG